CUCGGAGGGAUGAGAGUGGGGGGCGCGGCCUGCAGAAUUGGGGGCUCCUGGAGAGCUUGCGGCGCGCAGGCCCGGGGCCGGACCGAGAAGACCACCAGCCCCUCCUCGAGGAGGGCCAGAAACUGUCAGCUAUGAAACCUACGUAGUUGCAUGUCGGGUGCUUCUCCUUUUGGGCUUGUGAUGAGGAGCAGAGUUUGGCCCUUGAAUGCCCGGAACCAGAGGCCCUGCCGAGGACUCGGAGCCCAGCCCUGACCACUGGAGAGCCCACAACACGAUGAACAAAUUGAACUUCCAUAACAACAGAGUCAUGCAAGACCGCCGGAGUGUGUGUAUUUUCCUUCCCAACGAUGAAUCUCUGAACAUCAUUAUAAAUGUUAAAAUUCUAUGUCACCAGUUGCUGGUUCAGGUGUGUGAUCUUCUCAGGCUAAAGGACUAUCACCUGUUUGGACUAAGUGUUAUACAAAACAAUGAACAUGUGUAUAUGGAGUUGUCACAAAAGCUUUAUAAGUAUUGUCCAAAAGAGUGGAAGAAGGAGGCCAGCAAGGUACGCCAAUACGAAGUCCCUUGGGGAAUUGACCAGUUUGGACCUCCUAUGAUCAUCCAUUUCCGUGUACAGUAUUAUGUAGAAAAUGGCAGGCUGAUCAGUGACAGAGCAGCAAGACACUAUUAUUACUGGCACCUGAGAAAACAAGUGCUCCAUUCUCAGUGUGUUCUCCGAGAGGAGGCCUACUUCCUGCUGGCAGCCUUUGCCCUCCAGGCUGAUCUGGGGAACUUCAAAAGGAACAAGCACUAUGGAAAGUACUUUGAGCCAGAGGCUUACUUCCCACCUUGGGUUAUUUCCAAGCGGGGAAAGGACUAUAUCCUGAAGCACAUCCCCAGCAUGCACAAAGAUCAGUUUGCGCUGACAGCAUCCGAGGCUCAUCUUAAAUACAUCAAAGAGGCCGUCCGACUGGAUGAUGUGGCUGUUCAUUACUACAGAUUAUAUAAGGAUAAAAGGGAAAUCGAAGCAUCUUUGACCCUUGGACUGACCAUGCGGGGAAUACAGAUCUUUCAGAAUUUAGAUGAAGAGAAACAGUUACUUUAUGAUUUCCCCUGGACAAAUGUUGGAAAAUUGGUGUUUGUGGGGAAAAAAUUUGAGAUUUUGCCGGAUGGCUUGCCCUCAGCUCGGAAGCUCAUCUAUUACACAGGGUGCCCCAUGCGCUCCAGACACCUCCUGCAGCUUCUGAGCAAUAGCCACCGGCUCUACAUGAACCUGCAGCCUGUGUUGCGCCACAUCCGGAAGCUGGAGGAGAACGAAGAGAAGAAGCAGUACCGGGAAUCUUACAUCAGCGACAACCUGGACCUCGACAUGGACCAGCUGGAAAAGCGGUCCCGGGCCAGCGGGAGCAGUGCGGGCAGCGUGAAGCAGCACAAGCGUCUGUCCCGUCACUCCACGGCCAGCCACAGUAGCUCGCACACCUCUGGCAUUGAGGCCGACCCGAAGCCCCGGGACCCAGGCCCGGAGGACAGCUACUCCAGCAGCGCCAUCCACCGCAAGCUGAAAACCUGCAGCUCCAUGACCAGCCAUGGCAGCUCCCACACCUCAGGGGUGGAGAGUGGUGGCAAGGACAGACUGGAGGAGGACUCACAGGAUGAUGAAAUAGAGAUGUUGGUUGAUGACCCCAGGGACCUGGAGCAGAUGAAGGAAGAGACUCUGGAAGUCAGUCCAGACAUGUGUAUCUAUAUCACUGAGGACAUGCUUAUGUCCCGGAAACUGAAUGGGCACUCGGGGUUGAUUGUGAAAGAAAUCGGCUCUUCCACUUCAAGCUCCUCCGAAACAGUUGUCAAACUUCGUGGCCAGAGUACUGAUUCUCUCCCACAGACUAUUUGUCGAAAACCAAAGACCUCCACCGAUCGACACAGCUUGAGCCUCGAUGACAUCAGACUUUACCAGAAGGACUUCUUGCGCAUUGCAGGUCUGUGUCAAGACACAGCUCAGAGCUAUACCUUCGGAUGCGGCCAUGAACUAGAUGAGGAAGGCCUCUACUGCAACAGCUGCCUGGCUCAGCAGUGUAUCAAUAUCCAAGAUGCUUUUCCAGUCAAAAGAACCAGCAAAUACUUUUCUCUGGAUCUCACUCAUGAUGAAGUUCCAGAGUUUGUUGUAUAAAAUUUAUCUGCGUUGCAACUCUACGGGAAGCCUGCUGUCUGCCAGAGGCUAUGAAAGCCAUGGGUUCUUUCUCUAUGUAUUUCAUGUGCCAUAUUUUCUUCACCCCAAACAUAGCUCUUUCUUCAGAAUAUUUGCAAUGGAAAUAAAAGCCUUGGGACUAUGCACUUUAAGUAUUACACGGAGGUAAAAAAGAACCACAGAGAAUGUACAGCCAGAUAAGUGCCCAGAAGUUCAUGGAUCCUUUGAAUGAGAUGUGCUUUACUUGUUACCAAGCCUUCAGAAUACCGAACUAUGGUGUCUGUGUUCUGUGUGUGUGUGUUUGUAUGUGUGCUUAUUGUUUUGUUUCCUAGUUCAGUGACACAUAAUGUCAUUUUUAUCAUGUGGAAGAUAUUAGGUUAUUUGUUUAUAUAUUUUUUUAAUCACUCCCUCAUGAAAUGCUCAGUUUGAGGGAGGAGAGAGAAGAGAAUCUCUCUUGGUGGAGAGACCAUUGUCUAGUAUAUAGCCAUUGCCACCUCCCGGGGGCAUUCCCAAAGCAAACACUAAACAAAGUGGUCAAAAUCAUGUGGUUCUAGCAAGCCAAAGAUAUGUACAUAACCCAAGCACAGCCCAGGGUCCAGAAGACGUGACUGAAGCAAUAACCAGAAGACUGUGCAUGCUGCAAAGCCUGUGACUCCACGCCCGCCUGGUGCCAUGCGCUCCUCCUGCCCUUCCAGAGAGUUCUAGGACUCAGCUGAAUUUCUCAGCCAAGCAACGAAUGAUUUGUGUUCCUGUGUGGCGCUUAUACAAUGUGUUUCUGUUAAAACUCCCAAAUAAUGUCUUAGAAAAUAUUUGUACUUGGCAAAGUUUUCCUGUUUCAUUAUUUUUAAAAUUGUGAACAAAUUAUGGUGAGGCUAGUUGCUAACUAACCCAAAAGACCCUAACUCUACAUGUAUGUCAGACAUGUAUAAAUAACAUGAGAUGAACAUCUUUCUGUGUUUCUAAAACGAAGUCUCCAUUCUGCCUUCCAUGACUACUUCAUAUGCACGGUGUUUCUUGUGGAAUAUUAGGGUGUGCUGUCAUGUGAUUGGUGCCUACAGACAAUCAGUUGGUAGUUAUAGAGAUUUUUUUUUUUAAUGACUUAUUUUUUUCAUUGCUCUUUGGCAUGAUUCUCAACCCUGAUUGCAUUGUUGAAGUAUCUGGGGAACCGGGCAUGGAAAGACACCACCGUCUGGACCCCCACCCCGGCUGUCCAUCUCUCCUGGACACACAGGUGGAAGAGCCUCUCCUUGGAAGUGCUUCCGGAUGAGGCCUCUGUGCAAGAGGGUUGAGAACAGCUGAUCCAGAAGAUGUUUUUAUUUUGAAUUAAAAAUAUAUGAAAAAUGUUCACGUUUGCGAAAGGGCCAUUUUUGAGCUGGUUCCUGCCGCUGCUGUAAUGGAUGCUUGAUCUGAACUAGUCAGGAGAAGUGAACCUGUUCGCCUUUAGCUGUCCAGGAACAGUGUUGCUCGUGUUUCCGGAGCGAACCUUAGCACAGUGUCUUUCUAUGAGGUGUUUUUAAUGGUUUCCUAUUUUACAACAUUUGUUUACCAUGUUUUGAUAUGCCAUUUUUUCUAUGUACCAGGUUUUAUUAAAGAAAACUAUAUAUUAUUUUCUAAAGAGGUCGUCAUAUUUUUAUACAAAAUUCAGUUUUCUGGUAAUAAAGAAAUAGGUCUGUGGUGCGGCAGAACAUGCGUUACCCACGGAUGGGAGUCAGUAUUAUAAACAGGGAGAGGAUGAAUAUGCUCUUCCUCACAUGCCCCUACGCGAACAUGACUGGGCAGUGUAUGUACAAUAAGCCUGGUUGAAUCUGUUUAACCUGACCCUUAGAAAGGAUAAAGUGUUCUAGCAAAUUCUGCAGUCACGAGACUAGUUUGCCUUUGUAAACUGUGUUAAAAUGAACCAAAGUUUCAGAUGUAUCACAGUAUCUGUCUCUGAAUGAAUGGGUGAUGUGAUGAGAGGAUCAUCUAAUGACUUUUUAGAAGUCAUCAGGUAAUUCACCAGUAUGUAUUGAUGCUUAACCUGUGGUGUAUUCGAUAUGCCAAAAACAGUAACAAGUCUCACAAUGGAGACGUUACUGGUGUCCGCUCGAGCAAAUUGAUGAACAAUGGGCUGACAGUGCUACAGACAGUGCUUAACACAUUGAUGCUGACUCUGCAGUUUGUGUUAAUUAAGCCACAGCCCAGUGUGAGCCACUGGUGGUCAAGUAAGCAUCAACGUGUUAAGUGACCAAUGCUAGUGAAGUUUGCAUCUAAAGAGCCCAGAUCCUGAUGUGGUGCAUUUCCUCAGCUGUUAGUAUUCCUUAAGAACAUAAAAAAGCAAAAUGUACUUAAUUGGGUAGAUAGCCCUUUAUGCUUUGUUUUCUUUCUACUUCAACCAGAAUCAGGUCUUCAGGGUUUUGCCAGUGUUCUUGGUGGUUUUUGCACACCUUUAUCAUUGGGUUUCUGAAUUGUCUCGUGGGUUUUCAAAAUGAAACAUGCUAAGAAACAUUUUUGCUUUUUUGAUCCACUGUUUGCAGCAGAAUUAUAUAUAUAUAUGUAUAUGAAAAUCCAUUUUGAGUAUCUACAUUUUUGUAUUUGGAAAUUGUUUUUAAAAAUAAAAAAAAAGGAAAAGAAAGUAUAAAGCUGUUAUUUAUUCUGCAUUUGUUAAUAUCCUUGCUAGUCAUUAUACCAGUUUGGUAUAUAUUGUUGCCUCUACAUAUCUACAUUUGUAUUUGCAACCAUGAGCUUUAUAUCUCCAUAAACUGUAAAUAAUCCUUUCUGUGAAAGGAUCAUCAUAUCAGGAUGAUACCAAAAUUGUGUUAAAAAUGCAUUAUUUUGUAAUUAUUUCUUAUAGGCAUUUCAUGAUAAGAUUAGCAAUCAAUAAAAUUACUUUUUAUUUGUC